CGCUUUGUUUACAACCGCGAGGCUUCAGUGCUUCAUGGUGGACUUUAUGAGUUGGGUUCACUCCCAAAGCGUUUUUGUAAAUCGCUGCAUGCCGCUGAUUCGCAAAACCCUUCCGCGAUGCUGUGUGCAGACAUAGGAGGCGGAACUAACGGUGUGAUCGCGGUGUUAACCACUUGAUACUCCAUGUCUCGACGGAGUGAAGUAGACGAGGCGAGGCGGCCGCUGCUCGGCUUUCGCUCAGAGGACCCAGACAGCGGCGGUGAUGCUCCCUCUGAGAAGAGUCCAGACUCCACUGAUGACCGCAGCGAUGACCAGCCGAAGCUGAGCUAUGAGGAGGCAGUGGAGGAAGCAGGGUUUGGUCUGUUCCAUGGCCUUCUGUUGCUGGUGUGUGGCUGGGCCAAUGCCAGUGAUGCAGUGGAGAUACUCUGUGUGUCCUUCUUGCUGCCUACGGCCCGCUGUGACCUGCAGCUCAGCUCUGCGGAUAUGGGAUUACUUACUGCCAGCAUAUUCCUCGGAAUGAUGCUGGGUGGGUAUAUGUGGGGGUAUCUGGCCGAUCAGAGAGGCCGUCAGAGGGUGCUGGUCAUUUCGCUUGCAGUGAAUGGGACAUUUGGUGCGGUGGCUAGUUUAGCCCCGAGCUUCUGGCUGUUUCUGCUUCUGCGGUUCCUCAGUGGAGUUGGUGUGGGCGGCUCCAUCCCAGUUAUCUUCUCUUACUUCUCCGAGUUCCAGCCGAAGCUGCGCAGAGGGGCCAUGAUCAGUGCUCUUGCCACUUUCUGGAUGGCUGGAAACAUUUUAGCAGCAGGUGCAGCCUGGUUAGUCAUUCCCAGAACAUUUCUGCAUGUUGAGCUGGGCUGGUUGGAUUUCCAGAGCUGGAGAGUGUUUGUGGUGCUGUGUUCAAUCCCCAGCCUCACCUCAGCCUUCAUCUUCAGUCUGGCCAUGCCAGAGAGCCCCCGCUUCCUCAUAGAGGUUGGAAUGGAGGAGGAGGCGCUGACUGUGUUCCAGCUGAUGUACAAACUUAACCACAGAGGAAGCUGCAAACCUUUCCCAGCAUCUGGGCUACUUGUUAACCGUAAAGAUGAUGAGGAUGAAGUGGAACCACUGAGAAUGCGUGGAUGCUGUGAACAUCUAACCUGUUUUUUUAAACAGGGACUGGCUCCAAUCAGACAGCUGUUUGUUAGAUCCUUGUUGUCCAGGAGCAUUGCCCUGCUGAUCAUUAACUACUGCAUAUCAUUUGGGUACUAUGGUUUAUGGAUGUGGUUUCCUGAGCUCUUCAAGAGAGCUGAAGAUGGAGGUUCUCCAUGUGCCAAUAUGUCUCAACCUCAAAGUCAAGAGAAUGAGAGCUGCUAUCCAGUAAAAACUGCAGUUUAUAUGGAGGGCUUUGUGACGGCAGCCUCUAACCUGCCUGGAAACAUCUUCACCAUCUUGCUGAUGGACGUAGUGGGAGGGAAGAUCCUCCUCGCUGGGAGUCUGCUUUUGUCCAGCGUGAGCGUAUUCCUGAUAUAUGUGGUGAAGACUAAAAGCCAGAGUCUCUUAAUGUCCUGUGUGUUCAGUGGGGUCUCCGUCAUCUCCUGGAAUGCUCUGGAUGUGGUGAGCACCGAGCUUUACCCCACACAGUUACGCUCCUCUGCAUUGGGCUUCUUCACUGGAGUAGGCCGAGUGGCAGCGAUCAUGGGAAAUGUAGUUUUUGGCCAGCUGGUGGACUCCAACUGUGCAGUGCCUAUACUGGUUGUAUCAGCUUUGCUGCUGGCUGGGGGUCUAGCAGCUCUUAAGCUACCUCCAACCAAACAGACAGAUUUAACAUGAAACACAGGCACAGUUAAUAUGACAUAAAACACAUACUCACACUUGCCAAACACACCUGAACAAACAUGAAGGCUAAAGUAACAUUGGUCAGCCUGUGCCUCCAGCCAGACUUUACAAACAGAACUUUAUUGGAACACAAGAAUCUGCUUGCAGCUGGCCAUGAUUUCUAGGUGGAUGUUUUGAUUGGCCUUGUGAACCAUGGAACAGACAUCCUCCCUUUGAGAAAGAGGAAAGGAUGUUUCAAAUAGAGAAGCACUGUUCAAUGUUUUUUAAUUGACACUUCUGAUUCUGUUUUCCAAAUUGGCUGAUUUUUAUUAGCCUUUUUUUUUUAAUCUGAAGCUCACAAUGUGUGGGGUAAAAGAAUGCACUGGCACAUUUCCAGCACUUUUACUUAUUGGCCAAACUUACAUAAUAAACCUAAAUAUUUACUCUUUAAUUGGCCAAAUUGGCAUUUAGAUUUGUUAAUUUUAAAUAACAUAAACCAAAUAACUACAUUGAAAGUAAGGCAAUUGGCUGUUUAACACAAUGAGUUGUGUAAUUAUGCUACGACAGAUAGUACAGAUGCAGCAGCUGCAUUCAAAUACAACACAAGUGCUCUUACUUGACUCAUGUUAAUUACCUCAUAAAAUUGUAACACAAAUCAGCCAAAAUAAAAAGAACAAUAAACUGGCUGAUGGCUGAUUUCAUGUUUUAGACAUGUUGGAUUCCAGUCUGGGCUGAUUUUAGUGCAUCUGUAGUUUCAGAUGUGUAAUUUUAUUCACAUCGCUCACAAUCACAACCCAGAACCAAACAUUACAGCAAUCAUUUAGACUUUUUUCUGCCUCUCAUGUUGGACCAACCAGGUUCCAGUCUAUUAGUAAAAUAAAGUAAGAUUGAGUUGGUGGCUGGACCUGAGACCAGUCUGAAAUCAGAAAUGCACAGCCAAGACCAAAGCCUUCAUUCAGUCUCAGAGACGACUUGUUUUUUCAACACUGUCAAUCAGUAUCUUAUAACUUUGCAUUACGCAAAUGCACUAUAUCUAGUUUAGAUUGUGCUGAGUUUACUAUAUGAUAGUUAAUGAUGGGCAUUUGUGUGUUUUUUUUUUAAAAUAAUAAAACAUACAACAGUGUUUGUAAUUGUACUGAAUUGUUACAAUAAAUCAUGUAUCUGGUGCUAAAAA